CCCUCCAGCAGCAGUCAGUACCACUCUGCACCUCCUGCAGGACUCACCUUACACCAGUUCAAGUGGAGUUUUGUACUUGAUUUUACCUCAUGGCGGGCAGGAUCACCUGUGGACUGUGGAUAGUCGUCUUUCUCGCGGGAUGUGGGCGACUGUCGGCGUUCAACCUGGACACCGAAAAUGUCCAGCGCAAGGACGGGGACCCAGGCUCCCUCUUCGGCUUCUCUCUCGCCAUGCACGAGCAGGUUGCACCGCAGCCUAAGAAAAUGCUGCUGGUUGGUGCCCCACGAGCAAAAGCCUGGCCAGGCCAAAAAGCUAAAGUGAUAGGGGGACUGUACACCUGUGACAUGGCCUCCACUUCAACUUCUUGCACCAGAGUUGAAUUUGAUAAAUCAGAGGACACAAAAAAAGAAAGCAAAGAAAACCAGUGGAUGGGAGUAUCAGUCAGCAGCCAGGGGCCAGCAGGAAAGGUUAUGGUCUGUGCCCACCGCUGGCAGAGGAGGAACAAUGUGAACUCAAAUCGUGAGUCCCGUGACAUUAUCGGCCGAUGCGUCGUGAUGAGUCAGUCCUUGACUAUUGACAGUUCAUCAGGAGAAGAGGGAGAAUACUGGCAUUUCUGUGAUAGCCGUGCCAGGGGCCACGAGAUGUUUGGAUCGUGUCAGCAGGGCAUCUCUGCCACGUUCGACAAGCGCUACCACUAUCUAAUCUUUGGGGCUCCUGGAGCGUACAACUGGAAAGGUAUAGUACGCUUGGAACAAAGGAAUGAAACCCUCGAAAACCAGGGCAUAUUUGAUGAUGGUCCGUUUGAAGCGGGAGAUGAGACCAAAUUCAACCCCGACCUGGUCCCUGUUCCUGCCAGCAGCUACUUGGGCUUCUCCCUGGACUCUGGGAUAAAUCUGAUCACGAGCAGCCUGACGGUGGUGGCAGGAGCUCCCAGAGCAAACCACAGUGGAGCGGUGGUAAUGCUGACCCCAGGUCAAGAUUCCAAGGCCUUGCUACACCAGCACACCAUCGACGGGGAAGGACUGGCCUCGUCUUUCGGCUACGAUGUAACUGUGCUGGAUCUCAAUGCGGACGGUUGGAACGACAUAGUGGUUGGAGCACCGCAGUACUUUGAGAAGGACGGAGACAUCGGAGGAGCCGUCUAUGUCUAUGUCAACAAAGAAGGGAAGUGGAACGAAAUCAAGCCCACCAGAAUAGACGGAGAUAAGGACUCCAUGUUCGGCCUGGUUGUUGAAAACCUGGGAGACAUCAAUCAGGAUGGGUUCCAUGAUUUUGCAGUGGGAGCUCCUUAUGAGGAUAAUGGUGCAGGGAAAGUUUACAUCUACCACGGAGCAGGGUCUGCCAUGGGUAUCAUCUCUAAAAAAGCUUCACAGGUUCUGCAAGGCGAGCCUUCAGUGAAGAUGUUUGGCUACUCUUUGGCAGGCAACAUGGACCUGGAUAAGAACUCCUACCCAGACUUGGCUGUCGGAUCCCUCUCUGAUUCCGUCUUUGUCUACAAAUCCCGCCCAGUUAUUAACAUCAAGAAGGAAAUCACUUUCACACCGAAGGAAAUAGACUUCACCAAGAAAAACUGUGGCGACAACUUCUGCUUGGAGGUCAAGGCGUGCUUUACCUACGAUGCCAGCCCAGCGGACUAUGCUCCAAAACUGGCUGUGGCAUACUCUAUUGUGGCGGAUGGUGACAACAAAGCAAGAGGUCUUAUCCCAAGGGCGACCUUCCUCAAGACCGCGGAUCGUAAUCACGAGUCUAAAGGGGUUAUCACCAUAGACCGCAAAGGAGAGAAACAGUGCAUUGACCAAAAGCUUGUCAUACCGGAAAAUAUUAAAGACAAGCUGAACGGCAUCCCCAUCGAUGUGUCUGUGGACAUUCAGGAGUCCAAGCGUAAACGUAGACAGAGCUCAUCUGAACUGGCGCCUGUCCUGGAUGCCAACGAGGAAAAGAUAACGCGAAAAAUGGUGAGUUUCCUGAAGGAAGGUUGUGGCGCCGACGAUGCAUGUCAGAGCAACUUACAGGUGGAAUAUCGCUACGGCUACAAGACAACUGACGAUGACACGUUCAAGCCAUUAUCUCUGGAGGGCGGCCUGCCAGUGAUCUCGCUCAGUAAACAGGAAGACAUCGCCUUGGAGGUCAAGGUGUCCAAUCUGAAUGCAGAUGAUGCCUAUGAGGCCGCUCUGAUCGUCUCCUUCCCAAAAUCCCUUACCUACUCUGCUUUCCGCCCUUCACCUAAUGCACAGCAGGUAAACUGUAAAGCCACUGUUGACGGUUCUGUGCUUGACUGUGAUCUUGCAAACCCCUUCAAACAAAACAUAGAGACGACCUUCUACAUUAUCAUGGGUACAUCACGUAUCACUCACAACAUCACUGAGGUGGAGAUUGAUCUUCAGAUGAACACGACAAGCACCCAAAUACUAGCGCCUGUUAAAGCAAAGGCGAAGGUGUCCGUCACGUUGCAGCUGACUGUAUCAGGACUAGCUCAGCCAUCUCAGGUCAUGUUCUCGGGAGAUGUCAAAGGUGAGACAGGCAUGAAGACUGAAAGUGACAUUGGCAGUGCCAUCACACACGUGUUCAGAAUAAUCAAUCUGGGAAAGAGUUUGAAAGACCUUGGUACCGCCACACUAGAAAUCGAAUGGCCAAAAGAGACAGCGGACGGGAAGUGGCUGCUCUACCUGAUGAAGAUCAGCUCCACUGGAGUGGACCAGAUGAAAUGUACUCCUGAAACAGUGGUCAACCCUCUUAAAAAGGAAGCGACUAGCACCAGGAUAAAAAGAGCAGCAGGAAACGCUGAGACACCUGACGAUGGAACUAUCUCACUUUUAACUGACAAAAAAUCUGAAACUCUGUCCUGUAGCAGUGGGGCGAGAUGUGUGAAGAUAAAGUGCCCCCUUGGGGGCAUGGACAGCAAUGCAGACAUCACACUCAGCUCUCGCCUCUGGAACAGCACCUUCAUCGAGGAUUAUUCCAAACACCAUCAUGUGGAUGUGAUCGUGAAGGCCACUCUGCAUGUCGAUAGCCAAAUAAAAAACACAGUGGUGCAAAAUGCUGAUACACAGGUGAAACUAACGGUGUACCCAGAGAGGCGUUCAGCUAAGUACGGAGGAGGGGUGCCAUGGUGGAUCAUCGUGCUGUCCAUCCUGUUUGGGCUAAUGCUGUUGGCUCUUUUGGCUUUCCUUCUGUGGAAGUGUGGCUUUUUUAAGCGUGCCAAAUAUGAAGACAAGGUUCCCAGUUACAACGCUGUUCGCAUCAAACGGGAGGAAAGGGCAACAAACCCCAAGAAUGGUAACUGGGAAGCCCUGGAAAAGAAGCCCUGGAUGACAACCUGGCAUGACAAAGAGCAUUAUUCUUAACAGCCAAUGAGAUCUGACUUCACACAGAUUUCCUGUUGCUUACUGAUGAACUCCCAAUUUCACUUUCACUGCCUUGUCUUUGCACAACGUGGACUGUAAAUAUCAAGAAAACCAUUUGUUAAAAAAAAAAAGAAAAGAUAAAAACAUUUUUUAGGACUAAAUUCUUGAUCAAACAUUCUGCUUCAGGGGCUGAAUUGAUCUCGGAUGGUCUGUAUGAAUCACUGGAAGGAGAGUUGCAGUGUGGGAGAAGGUCCUGCACAACUACUGUCUGCUUUGUUUUGUACAUUUGCUACAUUCAGUGUUGACUGGGGGAGGGAGGGUGAGAGUAUGGGAGCGUUUCUGCAUUUUUCUGUACAUUUUUUGAAUGGUUAGUAUUUAUUCUUUGAGAGGAGUACUUAUGUUACGUUCCCUACAGGCCAAAGAGUCAUGCAAUGCAUAUACAGGCGACUUAAAUAUUUUUAAGAACACUGCAGGAUUUUCCUAAAAAACUUUAUAGACUCCUACACAAAAUUCCCUCUUAUACCUCUCUUCAACCAAGGCAGUUCCAUGACUGGUUCUGAGCCUAAACUAGAACCAGUUCUUCUCUUUUUGCCAAAGAACUCAACCAGGAAAACUAGUUCCAGAACGGCACCAACUUUUUGCUGCUCUUGAACUACAAACUGCUUACAUCAGGUGCUGGGGGCGGGGUGUUCAUAACUAAAAAGACCAACUAAAACAUGUAUCAUUCAUUUUAUUUGGUUUGUUUAACUGCAAUGUGAUUGAUUUGGGCUAGUGUAAGCGGGCUAGCAUAACCUUACAACAGGUUCAGUGUUAAAUAAGGACGUCAUCACUGUCCAUGUCAAUCAAGACGAGCAGCACAUAUGUUGUACAUGCCAGUUUGGAUGCCUUUAACCUAGAACUUGUGUUUCUUCCAAUUUAAAAGUGCAUUUUUUAAAUCUUUCUACUGUACAUUUGCCCUAACCGAUGAUCAGUCAGCAUUUUUCAUACUCAAGGUGCCUCAGGUUGUACAUUAUAAAAAACUGCAAUUCAUCCACAGUUGUCAAGCACUCGGUUUUUAAGUCUACUAUCAAGCCUCUGCAGAAUUCACCUUUUAUUCACUGUAAAAUAAGUUUUGAGAGUUCACAUAAAAUUUCUUGAAUAAAAUGUUUAAGUGUCA